GUGGGCAGCAACUUCCAGCUCCAGCAUCGUCUACAACUUCCACUCACUUUUCGCACCUUGACGGACAAGCAAGCGCAUCUUUCAAGUCGCGGGGCACCGCAACUCAGACAUGACUUCGAAAAUCGAGAAGACGAUUGCGCGACAGCAGGAAAAAAUUGCCUCGGGCGCUUACUAUGAAGCGCACCAGCAGCUCCGUGUCAUCGCCGCACGUUACGUCAAACAAUCCAACUACGAUGCUGCCGCCGACAUUUUGGCCGGAGGCGCGAUAGCCCUGCUCAAAGCUGGUUCCCAGCAGGGUGCUUCCGCCAGUGGUGGUGACCUGGCUAUUAUGCUGCUCGUGGAAGUUUAUAACAAGGCGGGUUGGGAGAUCGAGGACAACGGUGAGAGUGCGCGCAGGAAAAAGCGACUAAUUGAGAUCCUGCGCGAAUUCCCGCCGGAGGAACCUACGAGAAAGAGAUACAUUCAGGAGAUGAUUAGCUGGAGCAGCAAGUUCGGUCCUAUUGAGCGAGGAGAUCCAGAGCUACAUCAUGCUGCUGGAUCGGUUUAUGCUGAAGAAAACGAACCAUACGACGCAGAGAAGCAUCUGAUCCUCGGUACACCAGAGUCGGCGGAAACCCUUGCGAGACUCGAGUAUGAGUGGUAUACAAAUGAUGACGCGCAUACCGCGGCCAUCUACGCCUCUCGGGCAGUCUUCCCCUAUCUCCUGACCGGAAAUAUCCGCAGCGCGAACAAGGCCUUUUUGAUCUUCACGUCGCGGCUUUCGUCGUCCAACCCGUCCCUCGGAGCGCAGGCAGUGAGCAGUGCCAGUUCCGACAUGAGAGUCUAUCCUUCGCUCCCACUCUUAAACUUCAUCAGCCUCCUUCUCCUUGCCAUCCAACGCGGAACCCCGGAACUAUUCAGACAGCUCACUACGCAUUAUGCGUCUCAUAUCCAAGAGGUGGGCAUUUGGGAUGACUUCUUGGCACAGUUUGGUGAGAUGUACUUCGGUAUAAGGGUUCCACGGCAAGGCAACCCGCUGCUGGACAUGAUGGGCAGUAUGCUCUUCGGCGGACAGGGAGGUGGCAGCUCAAGACCCGGACAAGGAAGAGGAUCGUCAAAGAAAGUGGAAGCAGCACCGCCAACAAUGGAGCUCGAUUGAUCGUCCGGGAAUAGCGGAAUGGGCGAAGACAUGCGGAGGAGUAGGUUCGAGAUGACUGGCCAUUUAGCACAAUCAUCGGCACAACGCUUCAGGUCAUAUUGGCGCCAGAUCUUGUCGAUAGUAGGGACCGAGAUACUUAUAUUUGUCUCUCAUCUUCUGGCUCAUACAUCCAAUUGUCGUCGUCCAGA